AUGGCGGAAUUAGACUCCCGCCUCAGUUAUGUCUUGUAUUAUUUUAUCCUCCCAGCUGUUGUCGUGUACUUGGUCGCAGUGUAUGUAUUUGGGAUUACCCGGCAUAAACUACACCAUCUUAUGCAUGGAUUUAUAGGCAACUGGAUGCACCGCAAACUCUUUCUCGAAGUUAAGAAAAUCUUGUUUCAAGGCAUGCAGGACCUGAAAGAGAAAGCCCAGAGAGACUUGGACGUUUUAGAAAUCGGCGUUGGAGGCGGCGAGAAUUUUAAAUUCUACCCCAAGGGGACCAAUUUAACGUGCUUGGACCCUCACAGUCACCCGCAUCGUGAGGCCCAGUUUAAGAAGCAUUUGGAGGAAUGUGGCGACCAUGUCAAGGUGGUUGGCUUUGUCAAGAAUUUCGCAGAAGAUAUGUCCGAUAUUAAGGACAACACGUUUGACGCUGUGGUGUGUACCGUUUGUCAUGGAGGAACAUUUUUCUUUCUGGAACACGUGGCAGGAAAGAAGGGGACCUUUAUUCGACGAUUGCAGAAUUUGCUACAGUUGAUCCGUCCGGCUGAUAAAGGCAACAUAAACAGAGAAACCUGGUCCUUUUUAGACCAAUCCAAUUUUUCUCAAGUACAAUACGAACAUUACACGGCCAAAACAUGGUUUUUCUUCUUUAUGAAACCGUGCUUAUACGGGACAGCAGUAAAGUAA